CCCCAACGUGCAUUAUGCCCCUCUUUCUCUUUCCUCUCUCUAAAUACAAGCCUGAGACGCGACUGUCUCCCGCUGCCCUAGCCCCACUCUCUCUCUCUAUGUUUUCAAGCCAUAGCACCAGCCGAGCUCUAUUUCUGAAGCUAAAAGUAGGGGUUCUCUCUCAUUCUCUCUGCAACCAGGGUUGCUGUGUAGAAGAACUCAUUUCCUGUUUAAUGGCUGCAGUGAAACACAUUGCUGCAAUAUAGAAAGAAACUGAACAAAGUUAUGAGCUCAGUUGUAGUCGGGGGUUUGGCCAUUAUGAGAGGCAGGAGAUGAAUAGAGAUCCAUUUGUUCGGCGUCACUUAAAUUGCCAAUUUUUCAAGGCUUGAAGACCUUGAAGAUGAAGUGUUCAAGAUCUAGAAGGAAGCUCCUGAGACUGAGAUGUUCAGUUCAGAGCUAUGGUUGGGGAAAUGUUGGUGAAGAGAGUGAAGUGGGCAAGAUUUUUAGCUUGAAUUCAAAGACCCCAAUUAUUCAUUCACAACCUCAAUUGCGAGGGAGGGAGGGAGGACAUUGCCCUACCUAAUGGCCUUGAUUAACUUAUGAUAGAGAAAGAACUCAAUGAGUGGCACACCACAUGUAAGAGAAGGACCCAUGCUUAUCACCAAGGCCAUGGAAAUCUGGCCCUUUCUGAUGCAUUAUCAUCUCCAACUUUCAUGACCUUCAGUUUCAACUUCCAAAGCUCCAUUUAGACUUCUAAAUGUCGCUGUAACCUGCUACUAAGGAGUUUUUACAGCAAGGGGGGAAGCCUAAAGGCAAUGAAUUUGAAGAUUACACUGAGUCUUACUUUUGACCAAUCUUGAUUAAACCCUGUGCAAUGGAUACUGAAGUUACCCGUUCCAAUUCUUUAAGAACAACAGUUUGUAGAAUCGACAGAGUUUCUGAAAGCCAAAAGAUAAAAGAUGCCGACUAUGGUGCAAUUUUUUCUCAGAGAUCCUCUGAAGAUUCUCCAUUUAAGUUUGUUUUGAGGAGGAGCUUUCUGCGUUUUAGUCUUGUAGCAGGCAUCUGGUGGAUACUCUUGAUUCUCAUUUCUCUGUUAAUUAUAAUAUGGUCAUGCCAAUCAGCGUUAUUUGUCUCUUCAGGUCAUUGUAGAAGGGACAGCAAGAUGUUUGGUUUGCUUGACACUGUGGGGCUUCUGCCAAAACCAAUGCACCGUUGUCCAAUUCCCCUCCCAAAUGACCCAGAUGCCAUAGUCAUUCCAAAACGCAGUACUGCUAAGACAUUGCCUCAAAACCUCUCAUACAUUUCAGACGAUGAGUCUUUCAAUGGUGAUCCUUUGUUUGGUGGACGUGAAACUUGGAAGCAAAGAGAUGAGAGUUUUAAGCUAACUACAACUAUGAGGGUACACUGCGGUUUUAUGAAAAAUGGGGGGGCGGAGAUGGAUGCAGUGGAAAUUAAAUAUGUCAGGAAAUGCAAGUUUGUGGUGGCUUCUGGUAUUUUUGAUGGUUAUGACACCCCCCAUCAGCCAUCAAAUAUCAGCACUCGGUCUAAGAAGCUCUUUUGCUUUCUUAUGGUGGUGGAUGAGUUCUCCUUUGCUAAGAUUAAAAAAAUUGAUGCUAUCACAGAGGACAGUGAUGGUGGAAAGUGGGUGGGAAUUUGGCGUCUUAUCGUACUUCACAAACCUCCUUAUGAUGAACCCAGAAGGAACGGGAAGGUACCUAAAAUCCUAAUACACAGGCUGUUUCCUCAAGCCCAAUAUAGCAUUUGGAUUGAUGGAAAAAUGGAACUCAUUGUUGAUCCCCUUCUUAUUCUUGAACGUUACUUGUGGCGAGGAAGGAACACAUUUGCCAUCGCCCAGCAUAAGCACCAUCGGAGUAUAUAUGAGGAGGCUGAUGCAAACAAGAGGAGGAAGCGUUAUGCCAGGCCUCUGAUCGACUUGCACAUGAAAAUCUAUGUAUAUGAAGGAAUGGAAGCAUGGAACCCAAAGAAAGGAACGCCAAGCGAUGUCCCUGAAGGGGCCAUUAUCAUCCGAGAGCAUACGCCGCUGACCAACUUGUUCAGCUGCCUGUGGUUCAAUGAGGUGAACCUCUUCACACCUAGGGACCAGCUGAGCUUUGGCUUCGUUUUAUACAGGUUGAAAGGUGCAUUCAAAUUCUUUAUGUUCCCAAAUUGUGAAUACAAUUCGUUGUUCAUAUUGCACCAGCACACAAGGGAGCAUUCUUCCAAAGUCGAAUGGGUGAAAAACAUAACAGAAUUUGAGAAAAACUCUAAGUUGAAAGAGAACAAGGGAGGUUUGGGGCUUUGGACUCCAUAUCCUGGGGAUUUAGCCUCAGUGGAAAUUCCCCCUGUCCCUCACAUAAAAGAGUGAGGAAUUAGGAUUAAUCUUCCAUUUUGUGAAUUUCUGAUUUUCAGGCUGAAAUCUGUAAUCCAGAUAUAUCAUGAUGGUGAGGUGGUUGUUCGCAUUCUUUGCAGUAUUUAAUUUAUGAGUAAUGAUCUUAUAGGACCCUCCCACACCUACAAGUAUGGGACCCCUACCGAUCACCGGGGGAUUUGGAUUCAAAUCUCAAGGUAAAAUUUGAAUCCCUUUUUUCCUUUUUUCAUUAAAAACAUACUCUCUCAACAGAGAACCUACCUCUCUCUCUAUGGCAAUAGCUUGCGUCUCUCUCCAUUCAUCUCCCUCUUUCGUUUUGGCAAGGGUCCUUCACUGUCAACUGAGACUCCAACCCUUUCUCUCUCUAUCUCUCAAGAAGCCCCCCCCUUUCUAAAAGGAUACCCUCUGUCUAUCUCUUAUCAGAAGCCCUCUCUCUUAGAAAAAUAUAAAGCAUAUGUGGGAGAGAAUAGGGAGGUGGCUGGGAAAGAGAGAACAUGAAGGAUGGGGGGGAGAGAAAAUUGCAAUUAAAAUUGUUGCAGGGCUUGGUGUUGUAGAGAGAGAAAGCUGAGUCUGGAAGGUUAUUUGUUUGAAUUGAAAACUUGGCUUACUGAUUUGAAUUGAAAACCUGGCUUUUGGUUACUGUUUUAAAUUGAAAUGCUAGCUAUUGGGUUACUGGUUUGAAUUGAAAUCCUGGUUGAGUUCUACAAUUAUCUUAAAAUUUGCGGUUGAGGAAGAGGGUUAGUGGGUAUUGGUUUUAAGGUCUAACGAAGUAGGGAGAGAAGUGUUAAUGAGGGAGAUUAAUGGUUGCUGAUGAUAAUAGUUAGGCCUGAAAAUGGGUGACAAAUGUUUGAGUAUACGAAUGGGGGGUUGAGGAGUUAUAUGAGUUACAGAGAGGAGGAGGUUUGCUACUGAAGGAGGAGGAGAACUGGUAUGAGGUGGAAAUUUGCAGUGCACGGAAGAGAGUUUUUGGUAGAGAGAAUUGGUUUACAGUACAAGAGAGAGAGGACAGUGGCAUGAGGAAGUAUAUGAGGUGUGUGAGGAAGAAGGCGAUUGAUAGGUAAGAGUGGGAAACCUUCCAUCAAUUCCCUUCAAGUUUAGAGAGAGAAUAAUGAUUUGAUAGGUAAGAGUGGGAAACUUUCCAUCAAUUCCUUUCAAGUUUAGAGAGAAUAAUGAUUUGCUGGAAGGAUCUUGAUUAGAUGGUCAAACAUGCACAAAAAAAUAUUUGUCAGGAUAUUUGAAAUUUCACCUUGAGAUUUAGAUAGAAAUUUAAUUUUGAUCCGGUGGGAUCCUAUGCUUGUAGGUGUGGGAGGGUCCUAUAAGGUCAGUACUCUUCAAGUUAUUGAUUA